AAAAAUGAAUGGCAUUUAGAGUCCUUUGGAUUUGGAAUCGCUUCUACUUCACUCUGACCUUCGUCCUCUCUCUCUCUCUCUUUCUCUGUCAAGUUAGCUUAGCCGUCUCACCAGAAAGCUAGCCUUACCUCACAAAUCCGAACAAACAUUGAUUGUUACACUAAUCUCUCGUAUACAGAGCCGUAAUUUCAACACACUCUGAUCGCUAAAUGGAAACGGAGAUAUCGGGAAUGGAUAAUCCAGCAAUGACCUUCGACGAGGUUUCCAUGGAACGCAGCAAGAGCUUCGUUAAGGCAUUGCAGGAGCUCAAGAACUUGAGGCCUCAACUUUAUUCAGCUGCUGAUUACUGUGAAAAGUCUUAUCUUCAUAGCGAGCAAAAGCAAAUGGUAUUGGACAAUUUGAAAGACUACACUGUAAAGGCUCUAGUUAAUGCUGUUGAUCACCUUGGAACUGUAGCUUCCAAGCUUACUGAUCUUUUUGAUCAGCAAAAUUCAGACAUAUCAACUAUGGAGUUGAGAGCUUCUUGUGUUAGCCAGCAACUGCUUACAUGCCGGACUUAUAUCGACAAAGAAGGUCUUAGACAGCAACAGCUAUUAGCAGUUAUCCCUUUGCAUCACAAGCAUUACAUUCUUCCCAAUUCUGUGAACAAGCGGGUACACUUUAGUCCUCUCAGACGAACUGACACAAGACAGAAUCAUUACCAAGCUAUAUCCCGUCUUCAACCUUCAGAUGCCCCUGCAUCGAAAUCACUCUCCUGGCAUUUAGGCUCAGAGACCAAGUCUACCCUCAAAGGAACAUCCACGGUUGCACCAAACUCCAAAGAUUCAAAAGCUUUCACAAAGACAUCUGGAGUGUUCCAUCUCUUAGGUGAUGAAGAAAACGUAGUAAACAAGAAGCCUUUGGCUGGUUCUCAGGUCUCAGGUGUUCCUGCUACAUCCACUGUCACAAAGCAAACCUACGGUGUUGCCCAUAAGGAUUUGGAGGUUCCCAAACUUCUGACUGCACACAGGUCACUUGACAAUAAUCCGCGACGAGAGAUCAUUCAAGCUCCUGUCCGGACAAAGAGUGUGCUUUCUGCGUUCUUCGUCAAACAGAAAGCUCCAAAGCUCAAAGCCGGCUACGUCUCGUGAAAACACCAACUCUUUGUACUGAGAAGGAAUGUCAAUGUCAUACCACGUUUCUUUUAUCUUAAUAAUAAUAAUAGGUUGAUUUUAAUGUAAUUAUCUUAAUCACCACAUCACAUCAACGUACGAAGUCCAACAAGACAUGAUUUUGGUCUGUCAUUAACAAAACUGUGUAAUAGAUUAAGAAUGUGUUUUUUCAAAGUUUGUAAAAACAUAAUAAAGAUAUCUAUUAAGUUGUCAA